AACGAGGAUAAUGUUCAACUCUCUGUCCCUUUUCUCUUUCUCUCUCUCCUUUCUCUCUCUUUCUUCCCACCUUCUCUCUGCUUCUUCUUCUUCUUCUUUCACUUUCUGCUGCUGAAACUCUCCAUUAAACCCUGCUUCUACUACUGCUGAUUCAUCAUCUUCUUCUUCUUAUUCUCCAAUUGCUUUGUGGCCGAUACAGAGGAAGACUCUGUUCUGGAUCUUCUGGUGUAAAGGCUUUUCACAAGUUAAGAACUUGUUAGCUUGGAUUGGUGUAUAGUGAUAGAGGAAAAAGUUUCAAUCUCAGCUUGCUACAAGUGUCAUCAGAGGCUUAUAGGUUGAAUCCCUAUUUUUCGGGAUUUAUCCGUGUGAGAUGAUGAUGAUGUUUGAUGAUAUUGGGCUAUCUGGUGAUUUGGAUAUGUUAUCUGGCCCCCUCGGAGAAGGGGAUAUUACCGCCCGGCAAUCUGAGCCAGAGGUGAUAGUUGAGGAUGAUUAUAGUGAUGAAGAAAUCGAUGUGGACGAGCUUGAGAAGAGGAUGUGGAGGGAUAAAAUGCGUCUUAAGCGAUUGAAGGAACAAACUAAACCUAAGGAAGGAAUUGAUGCUGCGAAGCAGAGGCAGUCCCAAGAGCAGGCGAGGAGGAAAAAGAUGUCAAGGGCUCAAGAUGGAAUCCUGAAGUACAUGCUGAAAAUGAUGGAGGUUUGUAAGGCCCAAGGGUUUGUAUAUGGGAUAAUUCCCGAGAAGGGAAAGCCCGUGACCGGGGCAUCUGAUAAUCUUCGUGAAUGGUGGAAGGAUAAAGUUAGGUUUGAUCGCAACGGUCCAGCUGCCAUAGCCAAGUAUGAAGCAGAUAACGCAAUCCCAGGGAAGAAUGACGGAUGCAAUUCUAUCGGUCCGACUCCACACACCUUGCAAGAGCUACAGGACACAACCUUGGGUUCUCUCUUGUCAGCACUCAUGCAACACUGUGAUCCCCCUCAGAGGCGGUUUCCAUUGGAGAAGGGUGUUCCUCCGCCAUGGUGGCCCACAGGGAACGAAGAAUGGUGGCCGCAGAUUGGAAUACCUAAAGAUCAAGGUCCUCCACCUUACAAGAAACCUCAUGACCUGAAGAAAGCGUGGAAGGUUGGUGUUCUGACUGCAGUCAUCAAGCACAUGUCUCCUGAUAUUGCAAAAAUUCGCAAGCUUGUGAGGCAGUCCAAAUGCCUUCAAGAUAAAAUGACAGCCAAGGAAAGUGCAACAUGGCUUGCAAUCAUCAAUCAAGAGGAGUCCUUGGCACGCGAGCUUUACCCUGAUUAUUGUCCCCCAUUAGCCUCAGCUGGAGGCAGGGGAUCUUUGAACCCCAUCGAUUGCAAUGAGUAUGAUGUUGAAGGCGCCGAGGAUGAGCAGAAUUUUGAUGUGGAAGACAUGAAACCUGAGAAUCUUCAUGCAUCCAAUCUCGGGAUGGACAGAAUGAGGGUAAGACUGCCACUUCAGCAGCCUUCUUUUGCAAUCAAGGGAGAGGCUGUAACAAACUUGGAUUUCAUGCGGAAACGGAAGAUCUCUAGCGACUUCGACAUGAUGAUGGAUCAGAAAAUUUACACCUGUGAACAUCUACAAUGUCCUUACGGUGAAGUUCGCCUUGGUUUUCAAGACAGGACUUCGAGGGACAAUCAUCAAUUGAAUUGUCCAUACAGAGGAGCUUCUUCAAAUUAUGGCGGUCCAAAUUUCCAUGUUAAUGAGGCAAAGCCAGUCAUAUUUCCCCAGUCCUUUGUUCAACCCAAAUCGACUGCUCAGUCUGUUAAUUUGGUUCCACCUUCAAUUGAUCUAACCGGGCUCGGAGUUCCUGAAGAUGGCCAGAAAAUGAUUGGUGACCUCAUGUCAGUCUAUGAUACAAAUGUUCAAGGCAGCAAAAAUCUAAGUUCCAGUAACCGUGUCGUUGCUGCAGAAAAUCCGAACGUUCCACAGCCCAGCAUUCAGCAGCAGCAGGGCAUUCAGCAGCAACAGGGCAGUUUCUUUCGCGGUCACAGUGUCAUUAUGGAAGGAAACUUCUUUGAAGAAGCCAACAUAUCCACCAAUCAUCACAUGUUUGCAAGAGAGGAAAAUCAGUUUGACCGGUUCAAAGCUUUGAAUUCUCCUUUUGAGGCCCCCCAUCAAAGCAGCAACAAUAAUUUCCAUUUGAUGUUUGGGUCCCCUUGUGAUUUGGCAUCCUUUGAUUUCAAGGAGGACAUGCAACAAGGAGUAGGCAUGGAGGCACAUCAAAAACAGCCAGAUAUUUCAAUUUGGUACCAGUGACUGAAAAUGACCACUGAGAAUUGGGAAAACUCAUUUAUCAUCAUGGUCUCUUUUAUUUUCCUUCAAAGGGUAGGCCAAGGCCACCCUUAUCAUGUGAAGUUAGUUCCCUUGACCAGAAUUUUUUACUGCAAUUUUCUUCACAUGUAACCAACCCUCUAGGUAUACAACUAGAUAUUUUAUUAUGCUUUUGGCAGGUCUGGUAUGGGUUUAUAAUAAAGGCUUGUAUGUUCCCAUAAUGUUAGCCCUGUGUUUGUGUUUCUAUUAGUGCAGCCUUGUUUUUCCUAAGAUUUUUCCAUGUAAGACUGUGAUAUAAAUAAGAUUUGAAUUCUGUUCUGAA